GCAGAAUGCUAUAAUUUAGUGAACAACAAUCUUCUAUUGAGCUGUUUUGAUUGAAUUUUGCGUAGUUAGUGAGGGUACAAGUUAUACACGUUGUACGUUACUUGUCGAUCGACAGUAAUAGAACGUGAAACUUUCUUUGCGGUUUUGCGUGAAUCUUUGUCGAUAGCAAACAUAAUUACAGUCGGCUGUAAAAGAUAAAAAAAUUGUGAAAACUACAAGUUAUUAAGCUUUGCCACCUGUGUGAAAAUAGGCGGAAAUACUGAAAACAUCCAGCAUGGAUGCUUCAGCAAAGUUUUACAGCCUGCAGCUGCCGGGAAAACCGUUGACUAAAAUUCCUCCCGGCAAUACCGUGGAAGCGAAACAAGAUCCUAGUGAUGGAAAAACUAUUUUCUUGCGUAACAAUCGUAUGCUGGUGAUCUACGAACAAACAAAAGGAAGCUGUACCGAGGUGCGCAAGGUUGAGGACUUCUUUUCGGUGUCCAACGACGAUAUCAACUAUCCUUGGGCGGUAUAUGGAGGCGGUUUGUUGGCAGUACGUAAAACUAACGGAUUGGUUAUCUAUAAAUGGAGCAAAGCUGAAUUGAAGCAGGUGCUUGUGGCUUCAAAGUUUCACGACGAGUAUGGAUACAAUUUGCAGAAUAAUACGAUCGUUUUUGGAAAGAUAUAUCCCUCGGCGGAUUACAUUGGUGUUAUUUCGCGAGUAGGGUCCAUCGUCGAGUUCGGUUCAAUCAAUUCCAGUGAACCGAGUAAAGCUGUUCGUACGCUCAAAAAGCGCCUUAACUUGGAUCCAACAUGGAAGCUUCCAUCUAGCAAGAUUUAUCUAGUGGAGAGAUAUGACAACCAAACACAGCUAUCGAUAGCGUUGCGAACCGACUCAGAGCUAAAACUCUUCCGAUUUAACAAAAAAUACGAAUUGAAGGAAUUGAUAACUGUGAAAGAUUUUCUUCCACUGGACAACGAGUACGAUCGAAUCAUGUUCGCAAAGUUUGACAAUGGCAGUAUAAACGAUCUGCUGCACUUUUCAUCGCAAGGCUUGACUAUGUAUCGACUCAACGAAAAAUCUGAUGGAUUCCAGAUGGUCUACUAUUCAACGGCAUUCUCGAAAUUACGUGGUUGGAACAAGCGUACCAUUGAAACGAUUGCGACAAUAGACAUUAAUGGUGACAAUCGUGACGAGCUGAUUGCCUCCGGUCCGAAGGGCUUGUGCGUAUAUCGCCCGGUGUUCACCGACGAUGGAUUUGACCUGGUUAACAUUUUCGACGAUGCGAUAGAGGAUCAUAUAUUGCGUUACGGGCUGCCGAAGUUAAUGGUGAAGACCGGUAAUAGUGUUGACUACAAUAUUCUACUGUUUACUGGCAAGAAUCUCAUCGAAGUACAAACGAAAUCGUUUACACCACAAUCGUACGUUAUUCCAUCUAUCGAGCCGAGUAUUGCAAAAUCGAAACCUAAUGUUCCGUUGCUGGUCCCGCAGAAGAAAUACAUCGUUUGGUUGCAUGAUCAGCUCGAUCUAAACAGCAUGUUACAACCUUUAAAUCCCCACGCGGGUACAGUGGAACUGAGUAUUCCAUUGAUCGAGUUGCCCAACGCAUUCGGGGUGAGUGUGCGCAAGUACUUACAAUACAAAAACAUUCCAUUUGAAAGCUUUUUCGGACGAGGAUGGUCACUUCCGCUAGAUUAUAUCAGUGUGGAACGAAAGAACAGUUCCUUCCUGCAGGAUCAUGACUAUGCGAUACUGAAAAACAACAACCGAAUAAUCCUGAAACGACAUCCAGCCUGGGACUCUGUUAACCAUUGGGCUUUCAUUAUCGAAGGAUACAAACAAGCCAGGGUCAAGUACUAUCCGGACAUGGAACGCUGGGAAUUAACAAUGGAGGAUCGUACUUUCGUAUACGGUACUUGGAACCAGUUGACCAAAAGGCGUGAAGAGAUCGUCUGUUCGAGCUGGCCACUAUGUGGUGAUAAAUCUACAAAGGCACACAAUUUACCAUCACGUUGGUAUUUGGUGCACGAGGAGAGUAAAUAUGGCCCGUACGCUAAUUACUACUACGACAAGUUUGUUGAAGGCAAAGGUGACCGUUUGACACGCAUUGAGUUGGAUAGUGGAUCAAGCGUAAGUUUAAAGUAUUCUAAUACGAACCAGUUAUUGCGCUUCACAGUAAAUACCACCUGUUAUGAGCAGAUUGUAUCGUUCGAGUAUACCGGAAAUUCGCUAACGCACAUCAAGCAAGAGGAUCGAACGUUGUUCAAGUUUGAAUACAAAGAUCAACGCAUCUCCAAGAUUGUAUAUCCGAAUAAACUCGAAUCGUCAUUGGAGUACGAUGAUAUGGAGAUCGACCGAACACGUUUUGAGGAGGUGGUACCGGUUGAUUUAAGCCCUACGAUGUACUACGGGCCAGACUACACCGUUAUUUUAGAUAAAGAAUACGAGGACGAUCGUGUAGUGAUUACCAUUCGAAACCUGCUAGGUGGAACGGAUGGGCCGAAAGUUACCAAAGGUAAGCUGCACUUUGGUCAACCCGGUAUAAAAAGUCACACAAUACACGCGUUAGAAGAUAUGCUGGUGGUAGUGCUUAUCUACGCCUCCUACAAGGAAGUAACGAUUCUUCAGUUUACCAAAAACGAAUGGGUCGAAAAGGAAUAUCAUCCCGAUUUCCCGCUGGACGCUGUCAUAAGUGUGGGAAAAAAGUUUGUUCUUGUAUUCAACCUGAAAACCGUGCGCGUUUUAACCAUCAGCCUCGAUGGGAUGCUAACCAGCACGGAAGUAAAGAAAUCAGUUCCCUCAAACUUUUUGAUACACACGUUUGCGAAUGGUUUCGUGAUGUACGAUACGUACAUUGAUGUUUGGACGAUGGGGCUUAAGAAUCAAUGGAAAACUGGUUAUACCUCAACGCCUACGGAUAUCUUUAGCGACAUCGAAAAAGUGCUAGAUGCGUUUGAGUUGGAUACCGAGUUUCGCACAGCUCUCCGUAAAGGGUUCCUUGCUGAUGCCGUCACUGUGUACCAGAAUGCGAUCGUCGUACGUGUGCCGUCACUGGUUGAUACAAAGUUAGAACUGGAGGUAUAUUUUGUAAUUAUGAAAUUUGAUAAAGGAGCAACACGCGUAUCGAACCAAUCUGUACGGAUUCCUAUAGCAAAUUUUACAACGUACGAGUACGACCUACCCACCAAGGAUGGUGAUAUCUUCAAACUGUUCUACGAAAAGCACAGUAAAAAAUUACUCUUGAAAGUGAAAAGCAUAAAGGGACCGCUGUAUAAAUCGCUAAUGGAUCAAAAAGAUAAGUCAUACAAACAAAUUGACAAUAGCAAUGAGAACGCAACGAAGAAAAAGCAGUAUAAGAAAGAGGUGGACGAGAAAAUCGCCGAGGAGAUGAACAAUAUAAGUGACACCGUCGUUUCUAAGGUCCAGUUUGCAAUGGAUCUAUCGCAGUUUGGCGUACUUACAAACCAGCACGGAAUUGUGACGGGAAACAUGCAACUUUCCUUCGAUGGGCAAACUUGGCAGCAGCAACCCAUCAGUCCGGAAACAAUGCGCAUGGAGACGGUUAACCAGUGGCUUGGCGAAGGCUUCAAGCUUGCCAAGAACAAUCACGAGGAUACGUUCAAGGUGUACGAAAUGCCUAAGAACGUGAUGGUUUACAAUACCCAAACGAAUAACCCGCAGGAAAUACAGAUUGUCGCACCGCGCUACAUUCAGUCCCAACCAGCCGGCAAACGAUUGAGCAUGUUUUUCUUUCAAACGAAGGAAACCAUUCAGCUGCCAGCAAAUGAAACGAUGGUCCGGGCUAGCAACACUAUCGCCUUAGUGUCGGUGCGCCAUGUUAAUGAAACGAGUAAAUUUGUCAUCUUCCGACCAGUGGAUUCGUUUCUACUGAAAAAGACAACCCUAUUCACCAAGCAGAAUGUGCGGCUCAAUCCGGACGAGACACGUACAUCCUCCCACAUUUACGACGCUCAGGAUGCUCAUCUUUCCAGUGAAGGAGCCAUGUUUUAUCGAGUAAAAGUUGCCCCCGGCGGUAACGUGCAUCAGUUCGGAUGGUACGAACAGUCAACCAAUUCUAGCACCGGAGCAACAACGAAAAAAUCCUUCGCAUCUGAUGGAACCGACGUUACAGUGCGUGAGAAACCUAAACCUGAGAGGCCGGAAAUUAAGGACACGGAAAGAAUAAUAUGGGACAAAAGUAGACAGUUGAAAGUGGUGGACUUGGGUGCAUUGAAAUUGGUGGAUGAAGUAGCAUCAUAUUAUGGGUUUGAACCUUACGAGCUGAAUCGGUAUGGAGUGGACAACAAGUGGAUAUUUGAUGAAAAUAAUGUUCAGAAUGAACGAGAAAACCACUAUCUUAAACUUCCAAUAAGAUCUGCUUUGAAAGCAUCAUUCACACCGGUCCAGCCUAACAAUAUGUGGAUCGUAUCGUUUUGGGUUCGACUUGUUCCUGUACCCAAAGUGGACGACCAACUGAACAUUGUGCAGGUUGCUGUAGUUAAUCUGGCUAACAACAGUCGUCGAACAGUCAGCGGUGCAAAAGUACAACAUACUACAUCGGACUGGUGCUAUGCGGAAAUGACAAUCGAUACGACGAACAGUUCAAACGCAACGAAACUUAGGUUCGACAUUAAUAUCGAGCCUUCUGCGUUGGGCAAAAGCUUGGACGUUGAUCAUGUGCGAUUUUCGCCAUUAGAUUUGAAUUUCCACGCCAGCAUUUACACCCCUGUGAAUGCGGAAGUACGAGCGACACUUCAUAACAAUGGUAAGAUCAAGCAGAGUCUAUAUAGUCCCAAUGCAAGGAGAGUUGCAUUGCUAUCGGCGGAGGACGGUCAGGUGAUUGAUUUUGCGAUGCAUUCAAAAACGGCAUACGUUGCAUCGGUCAACGCACGACAGUGUCUAGUGGAAUUGAAGCCUAAUCGAGGUGUUUACGAAACAUUCGAUAGAAAGCAGUGGAGACCGAAUGGCGCCGAGUGGUUAAUGAAGUAUGGUGAGCUGGAAUACCGUCCUGGCAGUACUGGAAAGCGAGGCGAAAUAAUCCGUACGUUCGAUGCACCAUUCGAUUCACUAGCGCUACGUUUUCUCUACAACUAUGAGUCUGAAAAUGCAAAACUGGACUUUAGCUGGAAUGGGAAGGAGUAUGGCAUUAUAUGCCCGGAUGGAUCUUCUUGCAAUCGGCCACCAAAGAUAGGAGAAGUACUUAUAUUUAUUACUGAGUUGCGCAUUUCGGUGUGGUUGGAAGGCCAUUUGUUCAGAGAAACUCUCUUAAAGUCGAACGCAAACGCUGCGGAACAAAAAGUAUUUCGUUUGCUUCCGACGGGAUCAUUCCGGAUCUCUGAGUUCCUGGUGAUGUACGACGCACGCGUAAAGGUUACAUAUUACAAUCGGAUGGGUCGGCCCGUGCAGUUUAUCGUAUAUGAUGAUGCUAGCACGGUGCGAGUUCGCGAGCUGAUAUACGAUGAAAUAGAUCGUCCAAUAAUGCAAACCAAGUGGACUAAGCUAACGAACCACAACAAGGAGUAUUUUGCAUUCUAUGAAAACUUCAUCACUCAAGUUCACGGUACAAGCCACAUCAUGACCGGUAUGGUUGCAAGCGCACAUCCAUCUUGUGAAGGGUAUCCUUAUUCUCGUACGGUGUACGCUAAUGAUCCAACCGAAAACAAACAGUUCCAGGGACUACCCGGUAAGGAUUAUAAUGUACUGGGUAAGUACAAACGUCGAUACGCAUUGCGUUCGGAGAUAGCACUACUGGCGAACAUAUUUCCCGAAGCGGAAGGCUAUCGACAAAAGAUUGUGGAACGUCCGGGCGGUGCCAUUCGAGCGACGGUAGAAGACAAGCGAGGAAACAAAGUUGCCAAGUACUGGCAAGUGGGUAACUACGAGCAUCGACUAACAACUUACGCGUAUUCUGAAACUUACGGGCAUUUGUAUGAAGUGUUGCCGCCACAAUAUCAUGCACUUGCUAAAACCACCUCCAGGACGAGACCAUUCAUGACCGGAGCAAAUACCCAAGAAGAAAAUCAACUGAACUACCAGUGGAGAACAUCGUACUAUUACGAAGACGGUCAUAUGUUUGGCAAACGUACCACAGACGGUGGUAGAUUUGAGUAUGUUUAUACGGAGUCAGGAAUUUUACGCUAUUCGAUACACUAUAAUUCGCCGGAGAGGCAGAACUUAGACCGAGUUGUUCAUUUCACGUACUCGUCACACGGAAAGGUAUUGCGCGAAGCGUUGGUAAAUAUGACGCGCGAGCAAUGUUACCAGUUGGUCGAAACGAACGAACUUCCUGUGUCAGACAAUUCGAUAGAAUCUUUUUAUGGUGAGAUCGAAACAAAUCCUGAUAUUCGCUAUAGAUCACAACAGUCUACCCGAAGGAUUGGUGAUAAUCAGAUGAUGGAGAGUUUAAUUUUCAACGAGAAUGAGAAAGUUAUCAAAAAAGUGUUUGUUGUGCCAACGAUCAACAGUACGUAUUCGAUUGACUACGAGUAUGAGAACGGGAAAUUACAUUCCUUGCAAUAUCCAAUGAAUUCAACCACAACGUCCUUUACACUAAUCUACAAUUAUAAUGGAAAUGGCGAGGUAAAGUCUAUUCGUGAAUUAACAAAGCGAGAUCCUAUGUUCGAAUUUACGUACAAUGCGGAUGGCAUGAUGGAGACGAUGAAGGUACGAACGGACGCAAAGCAUACGUUCCAGAGGAACUUUACCUACAACGAGCCGGGCUUUUUAAUCAAGCUGGAAGAUGACUAUCUGUCGGAAAAUGUUAGCUAUCUGGAAACUGAUUCGUACGGGCAGGACUCCUACACCCCCAUCUAUGAGGGUCUCAUAUCGAAGACAUUGUUCACAGCACACUGGCAAAAAUCAACCAGUCCGCUACGUAAUGGCAUCUAUCCGGAGUAUUUCAUCACGGCUAACAUGAACCGCCGACGAGCUGCAUUGUGCAACGAAGUGUUGCGACGUGCGGGAUACAUUGACGAAAACAACCUUGUGAAGAAAACGUUCUACGGUGAGCAGGAUGACGAAUUACCGUUCGUGUGUGGAAAACGAAUCGCGAUGAAUCAUCUGUCAGGGAUUUUGAGCAGCAAAAGCAUUCCCUAUCAGUAUGGCCAUCGUUAUGACUAUGACGAUCAUGACCAGUUGAUUAAGGCAAAGUACUUCCAUGGGCUGGAGGAGUUGGCGUUGUCUCCGCUGACAUAUCGCUCUUUCUCGAAAGCGAUAAAGGGAGUUGAUGAAGCGACAUCAGAAAAUAUUUGGGAUAUACUGCGGACAAAAUCGUUCCUCACGAUGGACUGUACCAAUCCCAGUCUUUGUCACGGACGUGAAGGAACUAAGUCCAUUUUCAGCGAUUUUAUCCGGCAGCAUCGCUACAGUCAUCACUUGAAAACCAUGUUAUCGAAGGCGAUAUCGGAUAAGAAAGGGCUGAAUGUUAGCGAAUUCGAACAGAAAUGUAAACGAUGGAUCGAAGGAUCGAAUAUGAUAAUGAAGAUGUGUACAAAACUUCAGCAGUCAUUAGGCAAGGAAAAGAUUAUAGGAAACCCUCUAGCGUCACUACAUGCUGAGUUCAAGGAUGCACUUAAACGAUACAAAAGCUAUAUUCCAGACAUUGUUGGAGUUCUCAAUCGCCAUUUCAAGACCGCAUUAGGCAGUUCAGCAGCAGAUGUGCAGUCGUACGAAAUCGAUGCAAAUGGCAAUCAUCGGCUGUUUUAUACGGGAUUUUCGCGCUAUCGUUUGGAGUACCAUCCAGGAACGAAUAAGAUCACCAAAGUUUACCGGCAACAGUUUGAUCGGGUUCAGCGCAAUGAAGAGCAGUUUGAGAUGAAGCAUGACGGUGACGGUGCUGUUAUCAAGGCGGAACACAAAGGUAUUAAGCACAUGGAGUACGAUAAGCUGCUGCAACGUGUCAGUAAAAUAGAGAUGAUGGACGGACGGAAGUUGAUUUAUCAGUACGAUGUGCGCGGAGAACGUACCUUCAAACAGGUGCUGGAUAAAGAUGGAAGUGUUAUGAAUGAAAAGUAUUACAUACGUGAUGCGAAUGGAUUGGUGCUGAUGGACAUGGAUAUGACCUAUCUGGCGAAGGAUCAACCGCCGGACGUCCGGGUGACGAACUACAUCUACAAGGACCAGCAGCUGAUUGGGUUUUUGCGUAAUGAUAAGCUGUACGGAGUGAUCACGGACCACGAAGGAUCGGUUCGAUUAGUGGUGACAGGUGGCGAAGUAGUUGCAGCCUACGAUUACCUUCCCUAUGGACAGAUAUUUCGACGCUUCGGUACCGAUCUCGACGGGCAGCUGUCGUAUCUGUAUACGGGACAGGAGUGGGAACCGGAGACGGGCCUGUACAAUUAUCGUGCUCGACUGUACGAUCCCGACAUUGGAAGGUUCUAUCAGAUGGAUCCGAAGGAACAGUACCCGAGUCCGUACGUCUAUGCGGGCAAUUCUCCUGUUUCCUUGGUAGAUCCCGAUGGAGAAUUCGCUUUUACAUUGGCUGUGCUUAUCUUAGCCUUGGUUGGUGCUUACCUAGGUGCGGCAUCUGCAAACAAUUGCUGGAAUCCUCUGAAAUGGGACUGGAGAUCUUCAUCAACUUGGAUAGGGCUAUUAACGGGAGCAGUAACAGGGGCAUCCAUACCCUUCAACAUGGCAAGCUCGGUAGCGUUUUUCGUUGGUAUGGGGUUAUCAUUGAGCACCUCAAUUGCUAUAAUGGUUGGUACAGGUAUUACCUUUGCAUACUUCAUGAUGGCAGCUAGCAGUGGCACCUGGGACCCUACAAAGUUCGAUUACUCCAGCCCAGGAACCUGGAAUGCCCUAAUGAAUGGAGUUGCAACGUCGUCUUGGAUUCUGAUGAAUCCUUCCUCCCUCAUUAGUUCCUUUGUAUCGAUUACUUCGGUCGCAGCAAAGGCACUUUUUUUCGUUGCCAAACUUACAAUGAGCCUCGGGUUCACGUAUCUGUUUGCGGCUCUUGGGCAGGGUGCCGAGUUCGAUGUAACGAAAUGGGAUUUUUCAGAUCCACAACUGUACAUGAGCAUCGUCGAUGGGUUUACAACUGCAACGGUGGGUGUCUUAUUUCUGCGUAACUUGCCCAACCAGGUCAGCAAAUGGUCUGGAAAGGUUAAACGUACGGUUGAUCUUUUCGUUGGUAAUCUUAUCACUUUCCGUGCCCAACUGGCACUGGGCCGUGAUUGGUCCAGGGUCAUUAUGCACUCCAAAAAUUUCCUAUACGUAAGCUACCGUAACAUGCAAAGCUUGCAAAAGGGGUUCCUGACUGUGGGAUUCUACUCACUGAUUGUAUCGUUACGCAUGUCAGAGGUACCUAAAAGUGGCAUUCCUGAGUUUACAGCAUCGGAAGCAGCAAUUAAUGUGCUCUUCACGACCGAGCAAUUUUCCGAUUUUAUUGUAAAGCCAUUAUCUUCGGCUUCAAAACAGCUAAAAUUACCCAAACCACCCAGGAUAGCACGAUUCAUUCGCUUCCGCAUUCGAUCGGAAGCCAUAAGCUUUGGCAAUGAUUCACAUUUUCAUUCCCAACACAUGCAACGUUCUUCCGCCUCAUUGCUGCAGAGCACAUUUGAUACUUUGAUCAAACUGCCAUUCGAAUGGUUGUUUAGUGUCAAAAAACCUGAAACAAACAAUGCAAUUCAUACGACCAGCUCUGUGGCCAUAUUUACACCGAAGAAGAUGGCAACAACUGGUCAUAUCUUGCGAAAUUGCUAUAGAAUACGAAACGAGCAGCAUGUCGAUGGUAUGAUAUCUUGUUACGGGCAUAGUAGCAUUUUGACAAUAGUUCCGAAAUUUGGCGACGCAAAGAUUGCGAAAACUGAUCAUUACAACUACUGUUUGCCAUUGACAUACGACGGCUAUCCUUCGGUAUCGUGCCAAGGUGAAUGGUCAUCAUUGGUUUACACAGCAAAGGAUUCUGCAAGGGUGUUUGAUUUUGUCGAUGGGUGGAUACUACUGGUGCAAGUUGCUCCUGCAGCAUACAGAGAAAUUAAGCGUGGAAUAAAAUAUCUUUUUUCACGCCCGAAACGUAGCACACAAUUUUUAAGCAAGGAUCGUGUACAGAGCGAAAGGAAAAUGCUUCUAAGCAAGUUAGAUGAUUUAAAAUCUCAGAUUCACAUUCAUAAACAGUCACAACAUUGGGCUCAGUGGACGAUCGAAGAUCUUACUGAGGAUGUGGAGUCUUAUUUGACAAAAGGACAAGGCUCGUUAAGCAUGUUGGAGGAAAGAAUAAACACUCUAGCGGGAGAAAUUAAAGAGGAUAUCAUAAUACAAAGGAUGCAAUGCAAACUUAGGGCAGAAGGAGCAAACGAUGUUACUGGUUCGUAUAAUGAACAAUUGGACGUUAAAAUGAAUGGUUUACAAAUAGGUCAGUGUUUGGAUCGUUAUAUGAAACUCCCUCUAAUGAAAGUGAAUCAGAUGAAUGGUAUAAAUUACGGCGCCUUAAAUUAAAUCAAUGAAAUUCGUUUGGGUAAAAUACAAAAUUAAUAUAUUUUUAUUGAUGGUUACAACUAACUGCAGCAAAUCGUUCACAAUUUUUAGGUUUAAACAGUGAAAAUUUGUCUUAAAUCUAUCAUCAUUAUAUGUUGUUAGGCAUGAAAAAGAUUUCUAUGCAAUUAGGAAAUAAAAAAUGUUCUUACAAUAAUGCAAAAAAAGUAAUAAAAAAUUGUUUGACGAAAAGUGAUCGACAUGUUUCCCUAUAGCUAUUCUUUAACUUCCGGAAAAUUAU